AUGGAUGUUGAUAAAAUAGGUAACGGAGGAUUUUAUAAAGCAACAAUUGUUUCAGAUACUGUACCGUCAUCAUCAACAGCAAUUGGCCAUUUAAUUAGUAAUCCAAUUGAUGAAUGUCAAACCUCUCCAUUACUAUCAUCAUCAAUUUGUGACACUGGUUGUUAUCCAUCGGCAGCAGAAGAAUGGCAUUCAAUGCAACCACACCUGUCAAUGACGAAUAAUAAUAACAAUAACAAUAAUAAUAAUAAUAAUCAAAUUAAACAGCAAUAUCAAGAAGAAUAUCGCAAUCAACGAAUACAAUCAAUACAUCCGGAAUAUGCUAAGCAUAAAUGUCUACCACUAGAAAAUGAACCAUUUGAUAAAGUUAUUAUAAAUGUUAGUGGUUUACGUUUUGAAACACGUGCAUCAACUUUACAACGUUAUCCAGAUACAUUACUUGGCGAUAAACAACGACGUGCACAUUAUUUUGAUUAUAUGAAUAAUGAAUAUUUUUUUGAACGACAUCGUUCAUCAUUUGAAGCUGUUCUUUUUUUUUAUCAAAGUGGUGGACGUUUAACACGACCAGAAAAUAUUCCUGCAGAAAUUUUCUUAGAAGAAAUUAAAUUUUUUGAUCUUGGCGACGAAGUUCUUAAACGUUAUCGUAAACAAGAAGGUUAUGUUGAAGAAAUUCCCAUUCAAAAACCAGUUAAUCGUAUUCAACGUGUUAUCUGGGAAGUCUUUGAAUGUCCGGAAUCAUCAAAUUUAGCAAGAGUCGUUGCAAUUAUAUCAAUUGUAAUGAUUACUGUAUCAAUAGCAUCAUUUAUUAUAGAAACACUUCCAUCCAUACGUAAUGAAAUGAUAGCACCAUCAAUAUCAGUUUUUAAUAAUGUAACAAAUGGAUAUGAGAUUCAAGCUGGUGGUGAAACAAAACUAUUUUGGAUAUUUUUUAUUAUUGAAACAAUAUGUGUAACAUGGUUUUGUUUCGAACUUAUAUUUCGAUUUUUGGUAGCACCGUCCAAAUUUGCUUUUAUAAAAAAUGGACCAAAUAUAAUUGAUGUUGUUUCAAUAAUACCAUAUUUUUUACAGUUAAUUGGUUUAAUUUAUCAAAAAAAAGAUAGUAGUGUAUCAGGAUUUUCAUCAACAUUAACUGUAUUAAGGAUUGUACGACUUGUACGUGUAUUUAGAAUAUUUAAAUUAUCAAGACAUUUUAAGGGUUUACAAGUGCUUGCCUUGACCUUUUUGGCAUCAUGGAAAGAAUUACUUUUAUUAAUGUUUUUCCUUUUUAUUAUUGUUGUUGUUUUUUCAUCAUUUAUGUAUUUCGUCGAAGGUGAUUAUACAAAUGUAUCACCUCCAAGACCAUCAUCAACUUAUACAUUAACAACAACAUUAUCACAUCUAACAUCAUCAUUAGAUAGUCCUUCAACUACUGAUUCAACUCAAGCAUCAUCAACAACACCAAAUCCAAAUCAAUUUGUAUCUAUUCCUCAUUCAUUUUGGUUUGCUAUUAUAACCAUGACAACUGUUGGUUAUGGUGAUUAUGUACCAAGAACAAAUUUAGGUAAAGUUAUUGGUGCAAUAUGUGCAUUAACCGGUGUAUUAACAAUAGCAUUACCUGUACCAAUAAUAGUAUCAAAUUUUACAUAUUUCUAUCAACGACAAUUAGAAGAUACUGAACGACAAUAUCAAGCCCGACAAAGAGCACAAGCAUAUCAAUCAAUGCAUGAUAAAAAUCAUUUAGGUGCAAAUGAUGAUAACGAUCUUGGACCUGAACAUAAUGAAUGGGAAACAACAUUUAAUGAACCUGAUUAUUCUGAUUAUCGUGAAAUAACUCAUGCUGUUACAAAAAAACUAGUACGUAAUGCUUAUUUUAAAGCAUUUCGUGGUUCAAAAAGAAUAUCUCCAACAAUGCGUUAUCAAAGUUUAUCAACAACAGCAUCACCAUAUUCAUUACCACAUAGAAUUUAUCAAAUACAUGAUGAUAAAAAUGAUUAUCGAAGAUAUGAAAGUGAUGUAGAAACAGCUUCUCUUUUACAUUAA